AUGGCACCAGUGCCUGGAAGACCUCCUAUCCUAUACAUGACGGUGUUGGAUGAGUCAAUGGGGUGUAUGCUAGGACAACAUGAUGGCUCCGGAAAAAGAGAAAGGGUUGUUUAUUACUUGAGCAAAAAGUUCAUUGCCUGCAAGAUGAAUUACUCUCUACUGGAAAGGGCGUGUUGUGCCUUGGUGUGGGCGGCCCAUCGUCUAAGGCAGUACAUGCUAAGCCAUGCCACCUGGUUGGUGUCCAAGAUGGACCUAGUCAAGUACAUUUUUGAGAAGCCUGCCCUCACUGGACGGAUUGCUCGAUGGCAGGUUCUGUUGUCUGAGUUUGACAUUGUUUAUGUCACUCAAAAGGAAAUAAAAGGAAGUGCCUUGGCAGACUAUCUGGCUCAGCAGCCCCUCAACGACUACCAGCCUAUGCAUCCAGAGUUUCUAGAUGAAGACAUCAUGGCCUUGUUCGAGGAGGAGGUGGAGGAUGAGGACAGGAAUAAGUGGACCGUGUGGUUUGACAUCGCGUCCAAUGCCCUAGGCCAUGGGGUUGGGGCAGCUUUGGUCUCUCCCAAAAAUCAAUGCAUCCCUUUCAUGGCAAGAUUGGGUUUCGAUUGCACGAAUAAUAUGGUUGAAUACGAGGCAUACACCCUCGGAAUCCAAGUGGCAAUUGACUUUAACGUCAAAUUGCUCAAAGUGUACGGAGACUCGGCCUCGGUAAUUCACCAGCUGAGGGGAGAAUGGGAAAGUAAGGAUCAUAAAUUGAUACCCUAUCAAGCCUACAUCAAGAAACUAGCCAAGUUCUUUGACGAUGUCUCCUUCUACCAUGUUCCCAAAGAGGAAAAUUAG